UGGCUAUUUCCGGAUAUGACGCGCCAGUACCAUACCGGACGUGGCACAUGCUGGGGAAAAACGCAGAAACCUAGGCCUACAGGACAGCAACGUCGCUCACACCGGCGCUCUCAGAAUCGCCAAAAGUGCCUACCUCUACGACAAGUAGUCGAGUCAUCCCAGCGUCGGAGGCAAACCAACUUUUUUUACGCCGCGCGGUUUAAACAGGAAAUUGCAGACCAAAGGAAAUACUGCCGAUAUCAUGUGACCGGAUCUGGAUUUCUCGCAACAUCUCGUACCUUUACACCGGUUUCGGUAUAUUGCGAGACGAAGGGAAACAUGGCCUUGCACGCGAGAGUCACCAACUUGGCCAAGCAGUGCAUGGCGCAGUGCAAGAGGAACUACGGUGUCAGCGCCGUUCUAAUGCAAAAGUCGCUAGACCCUAUUCAGCAGCUGUUCGUGGACAAGAUCCGCGAGUACGCGCAGAAGAGCAAAUCCAAGAGCGAGUUGUUUCUUGACGCUGAUGCCUCCAUCACCAAGGAGUACAAUGAUGAAUUGCUGAAAACAGCACAACAGUACGGUGGUGGCAAGACUGCCGACAUGACAGAAUUUCCAAAGUUUGAGUUUCAAGAUCCUACAUUGGACCCCAUCAACAUGGAACAAAAGAAGUGAUGUACAGACAGCAGCAAUACCUUGUUAGAAUAAAAAAGUAAUUAAAACAGGUGCA